UAUUCCGAUGAUCUGCCCAAGUCUGCCCCAAUUCUGCCUGCAAAAUGCGGAAUUCUACCGCCGGGAAAUGUGCUCGCUGCCCAAACUGAUUCUGCUAACAGGAGUACUAAACAAGCUUUCUUCGCCAACUGGUGCUGAGCCCGGGUAAACGUAUGUCAGAAACUUACUGGUGAAAUAAUAAUAAUAAUAAUACUUGACAAUAAUCCGGUCUAAAAGAUGACUCUCUAACCUGAGUUGGCUACUUAGCAAAUAAAAUCAAAAUCAGAAGCGGAACAUGUCUUUUCUAUUAUAAAGAGGGAUCUAUUCUGCUCACUUGAUCUCUGCCAGAACCCGGAAAUAUCGCAGCAGAGAAUUGAGGAAAGGUGCGGCCGUUUACCUGAACUGAUCAUUAACUGUGACACUGAACACAUGCGGAGUUUUUUUUGCGUUCACUCACUGAAGAAUAAACUCGUUGAAAUGGCUGACUUUGCCCUUGUUUGAUUCAAAGCGUUUUAAUUUCAGUAUAAUUAUACGAUAUCUUAGGCAUAACAGUUGCAUACCGCAUAAUAACGGAUUAACACCUACGGUUCAACUGAAACAGCUUUCAGUUACUUAUUCCAAACAAUCUGAACAAUGAUUAUUAUAAUUAAUGCUACGCGCAUUGAACCGAUUUACACCAUCGGUGACUCCCUUGGUUGGUUCGAAGCCUGACUGUUCAAGUGAAAAUUUUCACUUUUACAGCUAGAAUCUCAAUUUCAGAGUACCAACACUUGCAGCGUGACACUUGAGCUGACUCCUCUAUUUACCAUAAUUACGUGUACUCUAAAAAAAGGGUGUAAGAUUCGCAUGGAAGAUGUAAUUAAGUAAUGUAUGGAAACAGAAGAAUCAGCUGAACGUAUAAGCUUUUCACUGAAGGAAGGAGACCAGAGGCAGUUUUCAGAAAAACAAAAUCCGGAAAAGGGUUUAUUGUAUCAGGAUAUUAUGCCAUGAUUAUAAAUAGCCGUGACUGUAACAAUUCUGCAUGCACGUGUAUUAUUUUCUGAAACAACUUUCUUCUGAUUAAAUAAACGGACAACUUCGCACAUUGUUUCUCGUUAACAAACAGUUUGGAUUUGCAGUGUAAGGCAUUUUGAAACACUUGCUGGGUAAGGCAUUUUGAAACACGGUUUAUCGGUAAAACUGUCAAUUACUGUGGGAUAUAAAAGUGCAUUUCCUACGAAUAAAUGUUAAACCCCAUUAAAAGGUAUAUAUACCAGCUUUUUGACGAAACAGUAAAGAUGAUGCAAAUGUUUUUAUUUAUUUAUUUUUUUUUUCAAACUUUUAGGGUUGACGUGUAAAUCCUCAGCUCACUUAGUUGAUUUGCUUCUUAUUUUUAGAAGUAACUUGAUUUAGUAAAAUUCUUAUUUGGUAACUUAAGGCUACGUCAGAAAAAUAUAUUGCAAUAUCAGCUGGUUUUAAAACUAGGCCUUUAAUACAAUUUGCUGUUUAACUUUCGUAGGGUCAGCGAAAAUGAGCGGUCCUUUUCUUCUGAGAGUCAAGAGAGACCGCUUCGAAAAUAUAGAUACUGACUACUUUUCAAGUACCUAACGGUUGGUGGGAUGACAGCCAGGCAGCUUGUUACUACAUCGUAUUCUGCCACAGUAGAAAUAAUAUUUGCUACUUCGGCAUGUCGAGAUGAAAGAAAGCUGCAACAUUUAGAUAUUGGAAACAGGUUAUAUCUCUGCAGUUAUUUUUUCAAUGCCGCGAGUUGACGUCAAUACUGAAUUAAAAAUGCUGUUAUUUCUGGAUUUUCCGUGGGACAAAAUUUUGUUCCUUACGUAUAACUUCCUCAAUGAGAAGUCUCUUUAGAAUAAAAAUGUUCUCUAUGCUAUGGCGGUUCCCAGAAGUAUCUCAAUAGUUCCAAAAUCGUCAGCCGAUACGAACAGUGCCUGAAACGCGCGGACACAGAAUUUCCUCAACCAUAUGAACAUGUCGCAAUAAAGGUCGAUGAGUGCUUCCACAAGCGAGGUGAAGUUACCUGUAGUGACCUGAGAUUAUCGGCGGAAAAUUUAUAUAUAUAUACUUUUUUUACCUAGCGUAAUAGUUCGCUUGAAAGAAUGUUGAUACUCUGCCAGCUAAGCUGUUAAAUUCCAUAACUAUUGCCGAUUAUGGUAUCUGAAAAUGUUUAGGCUUAAAUUUUUUGGUUUCCUGAGUCCUUGCGUGACAACUUCUUAAGCUCUUCCUGUUUUUCUAAUCAUUUUCUCGCCCGCUUUAACGGACAAUCGCAAAUCCGAACAAAAGGGAACAAAUACAAAAAAUUCAGUCCAUAUGCUUUCGUAAAAGGCUGGCCACAACUCAGAAGAGUUCCACUGAAAUGACUUCCGAAGGAAAAAAAAAUCACGACCAAAGAAAUGAUGUAACCUUUUCGAUCCGGCUUCCCUUCAGUGCGGGAUAUCUUGGCCUACUACACAUUUAAACAGAAAUAUUUUGCCCUUUGUUCGUAAUAGGCGGAAAUACGGUUAAUCUCCCCCAUUUUCGCUGAUGCGAGCAUAACUUAACUUGCGCCCAGGUCCCUCAUUAGUGGCCUCGCUGAUUAUAUUUCCUUCUCUUGGUCUGCCCAUAAUGAAUUACAUUAUGUAUGACAUCACAACUGGGACCCCCGCUGAUUCGUACUUAGACGAUGAGAGAAUUGCGGAAACGAGUAGAAUUGAAAACAGCUCUCGAUAUCGGGUCGUCAAUGUAAACAAAGCCAUACAAACGGCAAUAAAGCUAUGCGUGGAAUGUGUGACAGUCACCUGACAACUUAAAACGCCGCAAACUCCCUCGAUCAUGUUCUUGAGCGUGUGGACUGUCAUUUCCGAUAUUCAGGACAGACAAAAUGGGCUUGCCCGGGGCAUUCCUUGACAUGAACAAGACAAUGUUAUUGAAAACCCCUCUAUGACUAACAACGUGACACCUUUUGCGGGACUUUCCUUUUUCUGUCGCCAGACAUUGACAUAAUCGAUCGCUAUAAGGGCUGGGCCAUGGAGUGAAUCCGGUUAUGUCUGCGGUUAGAUAAAUUCGCUUAUAGUAGUUGGAUAUUCAUUCGAACAAAGUCAUCCGAGUAGAACACAACUAACAAGAGCUUAUUUAUUUUCGUUAAUCCCGAAUUAAUUUGCGAAAGAUGUUUGACAUGAUGUGCAGAACUAUAACUUUUCUAUGGGUAUUCACCUUGGUGUUAAUUUUUACAAGGUAGGUAAAAUAUCAUUGUAUGUUUUUAGUUUUUUUUGUUUUGAACUUUCCACGUGGAUAGAUAUGGCCAUAAAGACUAAUUUUAUGGUUGCUUUAAUUCACGUACACGUCUAACAUUGUCUUAAACAAGUAUCAUUUUAAAAAUGCUUUAUCAUCGAUUUCUUGUUUAUCUUUUAGGGCAAUGGCAUUGCCUACUAUGAACAUUGCACAAAUCUUGGUAAGUGUUUUAAGUGAGACGACGUUUGGCUGUCUAAUCUAAGUACAAAUAUUACGUCAGUCAGUAAAAUUGAGUAGAGUCAGUAUUAUUAUUUCAUGAUUGGAAGGUCACGCAAUGUUCUAAUCGAAAAUAAAAGUGAUUUUUUUUUUUAAGUUAUCUAAAUUACAACGUCUUGAUUACUAGAGAAGACAUCCCCUUAGAUCCAAAGUACGCCUUAUCGCGCGCGCAAUUAAAAAAUACAAAGACUCUUUCCCGAGGGGUUUUAACGAAUUGGGCGCUCGUGGUGAGUCAAAUUCAUUGGUCUCUGACGGAGGCUAAUUCUGCUAGUCGUACGUUGGCCUGUCUAGCCAGUUCAUAUAAAACAAUAGCAAAUAAACAGUUAUUGUAUAGUAAUCGAAGUGACUGUGUUAGCCUACAAUAUCAAACUAAUUGACUUCUGCUCUCUACCUUUUUAUAGAGUUCAAAAACAGAGUACACAAGUAUAGCAAAAACUGUCUGGUUAUAUUCUACAAACGCCAGAGGAUUUGUCAGAGUGAACGGUUCCCAUGUCGAUAGCUCUUGCUAUGAGUGCGACAAAACCAAGGACGAAAGCGGUAUGUGUGAACUUUCCUUUAAAUCUAAAAUUAUAACUUUCCAUAAACUCAGUGGCCUACGUACAGGGACAGUUAAGCGCCGACCACCCAAGCUGACAAUUGGCAAACUCGCUCAUUUUCCACCCGGCUGGAGACGCCGUUUGUAGAUCGACUGCGUGCCCAUCAAGAUGACAAUGCAGUUCGUAAUAAAAACUAGUAUGACCGCUAUAUUUCUUGUUAUUUAUGGGAAAAUUUGCUUUUAUACUAGCGGCGUGUUGUGUUAGUUUCGGAUCAAAGAGCCCCGCCGACAAAUAAUCUCUCUCAAGUUUUAGCCUUCAGGUUAAACUGCUUUAAUCUUCUCCGACAAUUUUAGUUCGGAAGCAAAAUCAUUGACACUCUUCGGGUACAUAUGUAGAAGGUCUCUGAUAAAUUUGUAUAUCUCAGUUACUUUGACGACUUGUUAGUAAUCCGCCAGGAAAGAGUCAUAAACUUAAGUAGCAUCAUCAAACUCAUAAAGAGUGUUAAGCUAUACUAUUAUCCAGGCAUUAAAAGUCGAUUAUGAGCUGUAUUUAAAGACACUAUUGUACAAAAAGUCGGUAGAUAAUCUUUGUACUGUAAAGCGGUGACAAUUAAUCACCGCGGGGAACAAUGACUGAUUUUCCCGCCAAAAGCGGCGCGUGUAUCGGCUAAUCCUGGUUGAAUUUUUCCGACAAAUGUGCAAAUGCAAAGAAUGAGGUGGAAUUAUUGAAAUCAAAGAAAGAUUAUCUUAUUAGUCACCUGCUGUUUAUUGUUACACUUACUACCGAUUUCAAGGUGUCAUUGCAGAUAUUUGCACGAAAUCUUUGCAGUUUUGGACAAAGCGAUACUGCUAGAUUUGUUCUCAGCUCCCAAAAUAAUGCGUCAUUUAUACUAUAACUCGCGUCACAGUAAAUCGCUUGCACUUGUGAAACAAAUUUCACUUGCUUUGCUUUUGCGCCACUAAAGGUCCCGACGUAACGUUUAUCUUUUGCCUGUUGACAUACAAUGCAAUAACUAGCACUUGUAAAAUAAUAAGCUUCUAUUUAUCGCUCAAUGUAUGGCACCUGUGAGUUCUGUAGAAAAAAAAGGUCAUUGCUUUUGUAGAGUCUUUCUCCAAGAAACCCUUAACGCAGUCACCCACAAAGACGUGUGAUAAAUCGGCUGCUAACACCUAUUAAGUCGGUGCAAGAUGUCUCCCAGUGCGGCCUAUUUUAAUGAAAGCUACUACCCAGUACGUUUUCCGUGGUACUGUGAAUUACACUUCAUUAUUAAGGCGUCUUUAUUAAGUUAAGCCUUUGGAUGAAAAUCUAUUUAAUAAUCAUAAUUCAAAACAAUGUAAGAAACAGUUUUAUUCGUGAUGAUGUUUAUGUAGCACGAAUUAACAGAGCUUAGUUGGAAGUUCCGAGUAUGUUUAGCCUUGUGCAUGGGGCCAAAUGAAAAAAAAAUUCCCACAAACCUUAAACGAUGUGUUGUAUAUUUUUAGUUUUUCUACUCAAUGUGGUAUUUUGGCCAAUUUCCUCUCGGAAGGUGAACAGUUAACAGUAUACGUAUAAAAUGCUUUCUGAUGUUUACAACCAGUGUAGCGGAAUUUUUGGAAUCCGCAAAAUUCCUGUUUAAAAGCCAGGCGAGCGUGAGCGAGAGAUCUUUGUUCGUUCUUUCGUCAAAUACAACAUGCCAGCACUGGCCUCCUUUUGCGGCUAAAUUAUUUUGAUUUAAAAGACAACAUCGGCGCCAAGGAAUUCAUUUGAAAUGCAUUCAUCGGUUGUACUUUUGAGUUGCCUAUUCACUUCAGCCAUUGUUUGCGUUUUAAGAGUUCCUCUGACGCAGUAAACCCUUUUUCCUUUUUCAUCUGCGAAGCCUUUGUGGGAAAUUGUUUAAUAAACUGAAGUUAAAUUUAUUGUACCAAAGAAAGACCAUUUGGCCGCAAGCAAAGAAUUAAAGGAACUGAAAAGGAGUUGUGCAACCAGAGGGAUGCCAAUAAAACCAUUGAAAUGAUAAACAAACACAUCAAAAAAGAAAAUAAACAACAUUUUUUUUAUUUUUAACUGCCGACAUGAUCUGUGCAAUUUCAUCCCCACAUCUAUAAUUUUGAUCAGGAAAGAAAAAUGUGACAAGAAAUGAACCACUUCUGAACAACAGUAAACCUUCACCAUAAUAAUCUUUACAAGUUAACAGAAGACUGAUCGAUCUUUUCACGUUUUGUUUUACAGCCAAGCUCGAGCUGGUGUCAACGCGUUUUGAGGGAGCUGUUGUACUCAGGAUUAGAUCCGUAAAGGAAAACAGUUAUCUUUGCGUGGAUUUAGAGGGCAAUCUAACUACAGAGGUACGUGCUCAGCAUAGUAAACUCUAAAGUGAUUAAUAAAAGGUUAAAAAAGGGCGCUCUUUUAAGCGGAAGAAUGCAUGGGUAGUUUUGUUACACCUGCAUGCUUAUUGGAAUUCGUUCAAUCUCCUCUCUUUUCAAUCUAGACUACAACUAACUAAUAGUUUUUACUAUAAGAUUAAUUAAAUUAACAAGCAGCUUCAUUGCGUUUACAGCCGACUCUCUCAGUUAACGGACAGGACACUUCUGUAAAACGAAAACCUAUUCAGCUGGUCCCUGUCUUUCUUUACUCCCUUUACUUUAUUCUCUAUAAGAGGGAAAUCUCUCUAAGACAGACACUUGAUGCCAAUCCCAAAGGUGUCCUUCUUAGAGGGAUUGGCUAUAUCAUAAAGACAACUGAACGCCGUGAAACAAAACUAAACUCACGAGAAACGGCCUUUUCUAAUUAAAGCCUUAUUUAGAGUUGUAAUCUCUAGCUGCGUCUUAUCCUGUUCACAGACCCUCUAUUUUCUCUUAAAAAGUCCCCCGAGCGCGCGUCCGUGCGCGCACGCCGAUUAUCGAAAAGAAAAAUAAAGCAACGUCCGUGUACAGGUUCCGCUGGUUCAUAAAUCUUUCAACCAGGCAAGAAUGCCGUGUUUUGAAUAAAGCCUGUGUUAAGCUGCUCGAGUGUAUUUUCCACCGUGGGGGAAAAUACUUGUUGUUGUUUUUGCUUUUUAGCCAAAAUCUCACCACCGCAAACUUGUUUUUGUUGUUGCUUCACUUUCUUGCAAGAAGUUCAAUAUUACUGGCAAGCAUACAAAUACGACUACGAAAAGUUUCCGAGCACUUGAACAUAGAGAACAAAUAUAUAGAAAUGAAUUACCAAACAACGUAUAUGACGAAAACAACUUUAACAAGUUGUACUCAUUACUUUGGUACCGACUCAGGCCUAGCGAUAGCUAAAGAGGGUUAACGCGAGGAACGGUUAAUUAGAGUGGUCAACUAAAAAUUUAAAUUAUAACAAAGCUUGCUCUUCUUUACUGCAGGUUCAUGGAAACACAAUGCAGCGUUGCUUGUUUAAAGAAGGAAUGAAAUCAGGGUUUACAACAUUUCAAUCAAUCCAUAACGCAGAAUGGUUCCUUGGUUUUAAACGCAACGGAAAAUUAAAACAACCGCACAACACCACGAAUUCUCAAAAGGCGGCAAGAUUUUUAACAUACUAG